AUGGAUUUGAUCCAAGAGCCCGCGGUACAUCGACGACCUGACCCGGAAGCGAGCUCUCGAAAGCACUUCGCGAAAACAAAAUCACUUCACACUAGAGGACAGUUCGUACUGUUUCAACUCUAUCUAAGCAAAAUUUACACUUUGGCAACAUCAUUCCCAAAGCUAAGCUGGCUGUUACUCAUCGCCUGGGUCAUCAAAGGAGGACUAGGAACCUUUCUAGAUAGAGAAAAUAGCACAACAUGCUUCAGCCGAGCAGAUCAGUUUAUCGGAAACGCACAGCAAGUAUUUAAUAUGGUUACCUGGGUAAAGAGAGGAAGCUGUAUUCGUGGCGAUAACGACUUUGAUUGUUACAACAACGUGCAAUACAUGCUUCAAUCUGGGCUCAACGACCUACGAAAAGCUGAAUACGCUGGCGCUGCCGGUGUUCUUGCUCUGCUCCCUACAAUCGGCGCGUUACUUGGAGCACCGACAAACGAAAUAUGGCGUCUACUGACUCUCGUACCUUUUGGUGGAGUCAUUGCUAUGUUUCUUUCCUUUGGUGGAGCGAUUCUUCCUGUUCGUGUUCAAGACUACGAAAUGGAUUUCUCGAAGCGGAGACAAGGCAGGACGACCACUAUUGGAGACAUUGAUGACAGUUCUGGGGAAGAACAUAUGGAUUACGAUGCAAACGAUGUCAAAGACAAUAAGGAGCAGAAGAAGAUAAGACUUGAAAGGAUCGUUCGCAAAAGGUUACAGCAGCACGAAAGUCAACGCAUCCCACUUCAGUAUAUCUCGUUCGGUCUCUUGGGUAUGAUCGCUUUUCUUUUCGCCGCGCAAGUAGCUAUGGCAAUCGUAGAGCAGGGUGCCAUUGUAUCUUGGUGGUGUGAUUCAAUCUGGUGGAUGCAUCUCUGGUUUUUCAUGGUCACUGCGACAGCAAUCGCAGACAAUUACGUUCAGAUGCCGUUCAAACACCAAUGGAAACUGUUCAUCUCCGACAUCCCAUACGAAGUCUCCGUCUCGGGCGGCGACAACAUCACGGAUUGGCAUCAUGGUGGUAACAGCGUCGGUGUCGCCUUACGCCAACUCUAUACCCUCAAGACCGGACAACUAUCUCUCUUCGGUUCUCAUGCGCGUGCUAAACCGCGCAACUCCUUUAUCGUGAUGAUAUCAGUGCCGCAAGAUAGCGCUGCCGGUUUGAAUUCCUUCCUCAAAGCCCUCAGCAAGGUCUGCAGUAUCGGGGUCUUUGCUGUUGGAACCGCGCUGUUUGCUUCAUCUCAAUUCUUGAGCUUAUUGAUGGCAUGUAUGGCUAUCACUGUAAUCCUCUGCGCAGCGGUCUUCGGGCGGACGAUUGCGGGCUGGAUCAUUAUGGGCAUUGAACAAAGUGAGCCGAUGGUACAUUACAUCGCUAGCAAUACCGAGGAAGCAACAGAUGUAAUCAAACGUCUUUUAUCGAUUGACACGACUAUGGAUCUCGAACCAGGCGUACUCGCCCGCGUUCAGUCGUCCACCACGGGGCUGGAUAAAAUGAUGAACAAUACCCACAUGCGACAAUACCACACCGCAUCCCCCAGCGACCAAACCACUGACUUCGAAGCCAUAAAUCUCGAUGCCUCCCGCCAUCCUAGCAUGGCCCAAAACAUCUACAGCAGAGAUGCUAAACCACUGUCAGCACAAGCAGACCACAUAUCUCAGAUCUCCACGCGCUCCCAAGGCCUGCAAGACGCAAAGAUGCAAUCAGACCCUCUCUUCAGCCCUAGUGCCGUCGCUAAUCCUUUGUACUUGCGCAAACCGCAGGUCGAGAUUGAAGGUCAUAUAUUCGUGGAUCGACAGAGGGUUUGGCGACGGAGUGUGCUUCCGUUGAUGAUUCUGGGGAUUAUGGCACGGCCGUUUGAUCUGGGGAGGUUUUAUCGGAAACAUAGGUAG